UUCAAGUGACUUCAUAAUGUUGAAGUAUUGUUUGUUGUUUUUGGUAACUUUAUCGCAUGCUUUAGAAAAUAAUACCAUUUGUUAUCGUGACCUUAAUUGUAUCCCACUAUCCGAAUGUGAAGAAAUUAUAGAUUUCGUCAACGUUGAUAAUUAUACAAACUAUGCAAGAAGUCUUUCCUGCGGUUAUUUUCAUGAACCAUACGUCUGUUGCAACAGAAACUGCAUCACUCCAAACGGAAGCCAUGGCCGUAUGGUGUUAUUGCAAAACUGUCCCAAUUUAGAAAAGAAUACUCUACCUCAACACAAAAACAAACAAAAGUUUCUGAAAGAUUCCUUUGUCAAUGAAACCCACGUAUGUUGCAAUAGAAAUGAAGACGGAUAUAAAACAGUGUUGCCAGCCCCAAUUGAUGAUCUCGCCAAUAACGCUCUUGCGUGUGUCACUCCAAACGGAGAAAACGCAAAAUGCACUGGCAUUUCUUCAUGUUCCGCAUACGCUUACGUUGCUAGCAAAACAAAUCAGCAUUUUGGUUUUAUAAAUGAUUCAUUUUGUGGGUAUUGGCAGUCUCCUAUGGUUUGCUGCGGGACUGUUUCAGCAUACAAGGAAAAUUAUGCGGCAAACUUACCAAAGGAGGAUGUAUGUGGUAUAUGGAAUUCUUUGUCACAUGAUGGCAUUCCACCGUGGGUUGGAAUGAUAGAAGUGUCAAACUCACAUGAAAAUAUGUGCAUUGGGGCUUUAAUUAACCACCAAUAUCUAAUAUCUACUCCCACUUGUGCAGGAAGCGAUGAAAAAAAAUUGAUCGUGAAAUUUGGAAACUGUAUCACAAAUAGUAGCUAUAGAAGUGAAUGUCGAUUUAAAGUGAAGCAAAUAAAAACAUUUCCAUUGUACAACUAUUUGCAUUCUGAUGAUACAGGAAUUGCGUUGCUAAAGCUAGCUGGAACAACCACAAAAUCCAAUAGAAUGCCAAUCUGUUUACCGGAAAACCCUCUUCCAAUACGCCAGAGGGUUAACAUCCAUGGUCUAGAGAUGUUCGGUGCAACAAAAAUUGUUGGAAACAGCAUUUUAGGAACGACGCUAUUCAAUGACGAUUGCGAUUUUGGGACUGAUUUGAAAUACAUCUGCUUAAGAAGAGAAAAUGUUGGUUUUUUUCCGUAUCGAUACAUCGUUGCCAAAUCAGACAAUAGGCAAUGGUAUUUGGAAGGCAUAUUUAACUGGAAGGAUUGGAAGGUCGCCUCACAUGAGAAUAUUUAUAGCGUGUAUGUUUAUAAAUUCGUAUCCUGGAUCAAAAGUAACAUUUCUUGAAAUCUUGCGCAACACUAUUAUUAAUAAUAAUUAUGUCUCUUUAAUGCUAAUACUUUGUAAAUGUAAUAAAUAUUCAUUUGGCAUCUUUAAUAUUUCAUUUUUACUUUAUUAUGCACGAUUUCGAUUAAUAUAAAUUAUUAUAUUGCGUUUGUCGAAUAAAGUUUUUGUAGACAGUA